GGUAACUUCCGGGGUCGUGCCGCGGAGAGACUACGUUUCCCAGAAAGCCUGCAGGGCCCUGCGCGCAGCCGCCGGAAGGAGUCUGUUAACACGCGGUUCUGAGAGCUAGAGGCGCGGGUUGUGAGCUUCGCUGGGGUGAUCGGCACCAUGCCCAAGGCCAAAGGCAAGACCCGGAGGCAGAAGUUCGGUUACAACGUUAACCGAAAGCGGCUGAACCGGAAUGCUCGGCGGAAGGCAGCGCCGCGGAUCGAGUGCUCCCACAUCCGACAUGCCUGGGACCACGCCAAGUCGGUGCGGCAGAACCUGGCUGAGAUGGGGCUGGCCAUGGACCCCAACAAGGCGGUGCCCUUCCGCAAGAGAAAGGUGAAGGGCAUGGAGGUGGACACAGAGGCGAGGCCCAAGGAGCUUGUGCGGAAGCCCUAUGUGCUAAAUGAGCUGGAGGCAGAGGCCAGCCUCCCAGAAAAAAAAGGCAAUACGCUGUCCCGGGACCUCAUAGACUACGUGCGCUACAUGGUGGAGAGCCAUGGGGAGGACUACAAGAGGAGUGGCAGAGCUUCAUCGAUUCUUUGCCAAAGGAUAAAAUGGAAGUUGAGUGACUGGGGUACACCUGCGCCUGGACCAGUGAAGCAGGAGCUGGGGCUUAAGGCAAGGCGGGGAAUGGUGUAUGGCUUCAGAUGUGGCUGCCACAGUCCACGCAAUCCAAAGGUGGCCCACGGACCACCUUUGGAAGGAGCGGUUCUUAGAGGCUCUCAUUUAUAUUCUGGGGGCUCAAGGGAAAGCCAGAGAAGCUGUUUUCAGAGCGUGUGGAUUGAAUACAAUCUGUACAUAAUAAUAAAACAAGGAUCUUUGACUUUUCUGAUUGUUUUAUGUAGCCCUGGGGCUACUCUGCCAAGGCAGGGAUUCCAUCGGGGUGCCAGCAGGUGCCAUGCUCACAUAUCCUCGCAGGCACGGCCUCCCCUUCUGCAGUGUGCUCUGUGUUCCUGUCCAGCAUUGCGUUUCCAUCAGCCCUUCUACAAAGCGUGCCUGGAGCCUGGGCGCCUCCCAGGGGACUGCGAGCUGAGGAGGGUCACCUGCUCUGUUCUCAGGGAGCUGGAUCAGAUCUGAGUGGAGCAGCUGGGAGUCCAUACGGAAUGCUGGUGUCACAGGCAGCGGCUUUACCCGCCAGCCCCAGAAGUAGGGAUUUUUAACAGGAAGUCCUUCCUAGUAGCUCUGAAAAGGGAACUCCCUCCGUUUCCUCCUCUGCUGCCUCUGGAAAAUGGGCUCCUCGAGGGACAAGGGGGAGAUUUGAGCCUUGCUGCCUCUGCCCAUGCCCUUGAACCCAGAUGUGAGACUACCUGUGUGUGUCUGUCAGCAGCCGUGGGAGAUACAGUCAAUGCCGAAACUCUGACGGGGUCGCAUUGGCAUUCUCAUUUGUGAGGGGAGCGUGCCGAGUGCCUGCAGUCCAAGUAUGGGGCAGCGGUGCAGGCAGGGUGGUCCCAGGCACUUUGCCGCAAUAGUAAGUUGUUAAACAGCAAGUCCCAGCCCCUGCCCCUUCAGCCAGUGUGGAGUUAGGUUGGGGGAAACCUUCUGGGAGGUAGCCAGCCCCUUCCCGCCACCCCUUGGGAGACGCUCUCACUGAUGGGGUUGCAGCUAGGGGUGGAAGUGGGAGUUUUUGAGAUUUUUUUUUUUUUUUGAAAGGCAAUAAGAUCUUCCAUCUGCUGGUUCACUCCCCAAAUGGCUGCAACAGCCAGGGCUGGGCCCAGCUGAAGCCAGGAACCAGGAACUCCAUCCAGGUCUCCCGUGUGGUGGCACUUGGUACUGAGGCCAUCUUCCACUGUUUUCCCACAUGCACUAGCAGGAAACUAGAUCAGAAGCUGAGCAGCUGGUACUUGAGCUGGCACUAAUUUGGGAUGCUGGCAUCUCUAGCAGUGGCUUAACCCACAGCACCGCACCAGCGCUGAAGGAAGUCUGACUAGCCAUUGCAGAAGCCUUCCCGCAGCAACUGCCGCGGUGCAGGCUGGAUUCCAGGCGAGAGCCCAGUGCUUAGCUCGUUAAGCACACAGAAGGCAUUUUUAUAGUAGUGACAGUAUUGCUACAGGAAUCGCCGCAGGAGGCUCAUGGUGACUAACAGGACGUGGUCUGGGGUUCAGGUUCACUGGCAGUGGCAAGGAACCUUGCUAGGCUAAGCACCUGAACUGGGUAAAUGAACACGGGACAUCUAGCGGGGGGCCUGAGUUUGGAUUCCAUUGGAGGGUGGAAGGUACCAGGCCAAGUAAAAGAGCCCCAGGAGCAGCCAGCCCAGCCUUUGCUGGGUUGCAAGGCUGGGUCCAGUGAGUGGGGCUGUAGGACCCUGGCAGCCUGCCUUGACUUGGGAUGGAUGAGCUGCCUUCAGGGGUCACCAGGAAGACAGCAAACAGGAGGCCCAGGUAAGCUGUGGAAGUGGAGGCUUCAAAGCCCAGUGACACCUUUCCAGCCUGGCUGCUUGCCUAUAAAAUGAGAUUAAAACCCUGUGCAUAGGGCUGGCACCAUGGUGCAAGUGGCCUGGGAUAGCAGUGGAAGAUGGCCCAAGUCCUUAGGCCCCUGCACCUGCAUGGGAGACGGGGAAGAAGCUCCUGGCUCCUGGCAGCUCUGGCCAUUGCAGCCACUGGGGAGUGAACCAAUGGACCAAAGACCUUUCUCUCUGCCUCUCCCUCACUGUCUGUAACUCUACCUCUCUAAGUAAAAUCUUA